AUAUGGGGCGGAGCUCCACGAUAUAGAAACCUUUAGCUCACUAUACUUCACUGAUGAGUUGUAAUUCGUGUGAAGAAAAGGUGGAUAGAAGACGCUUGUGGCGCCAUCACAAUAGGUGCCCUCCUCUCUCAACCUGUCUUAUCACAAGCUCCCAGACACCGCAGCCUUUUAAAGUGCUGAAACUAAAGCACUUAAAUCUAAUUCUGCGGAACAGCUAAUCGUUUUGGAAUAUCACCCAGAUAGAGCAGGACUGAAGUAUUUGACGGAGGCAAAACUCUUCCUAUGGCAAAUGACACAGAGAAUGACCCAUGCCACAGCAAUCUGCACAUUGACAAGGGGAACCCGCGCAUCAGCGCGAUCAUGUUCUCCGCCGGAGUGAUAGGGAACUUGGCCGCUUUGAUCCUUUUGGAGAUCCGCCGCAGGAAGUACCAGAGCCGGCAGCGACUGUCGCUCUUUCACGUUCUGGUCACCACGCUGGUCGUCACGGACCUGAUGGGAACCUGUCUGGUCAGCCCUUUCGUUCUGGCUGCCUAUUCCUUAAACACCACCAUUAUUGCUAUGUUUAACACUGAACCUCCUGCAAUGUGUGAGUAUUUUGGAUUCUGUAUGACUUUUUUCAGCUUGGCCACUUUAUUUCUCCUCUUCGCCAUGGCGCUCGAGCGAUGCCUCUCAAUUGGCUACCCCUACUUCUACGGGCGGCACAUCACUAAACGUUGUGGAUACAUCACCAUUCCUUUCAUCUAUUUAGUUUGCGCGGUGUUUUGCAUCAUGCCAUUUUUGGGUUUCGGGGACUACGUGCAGUAUUGCCCGGGGACGUGGUGCUUCAUUGACAUGAAUCCGUUAAUGCCCGAAGACCGUGUUUACCCAGUCCUGUACGCAACUGUUAUGCUCAUUUUAGUCCUUUCUGUAGCGGCUUGUAACGCCUUUGUCGUUUAUCACCUGGUUUUGAUGUACCGGAGGCGCAAACUAAACGGGGGAUCCGUGACAACUCGGAGUAAGAAGGACCGGAGAGUCCUCUCCAUGUCCGAAGAGGUCGAGCAUCUCAUCGUACUGGUGUUCAUGACGGUGAUAUUCAUGAUUUGCUCCCUUCCUCUGGUGAUCCGUGUGUACAUAAACUCCGUGGGCCAGCGGAAAGAGAGCCACAAGACGGACCUCAUCGCCCUCCUCUUUCUCUCCACCAACUCCAUCGUGGACCCCUGGGUGUUCAUCUUUCUCAGCCCGUCAGUGCUCCGCUUCUUCUGGGGAGCGUUGUGCAAGGUGCCCCUCCUGCGCUCCAGGUAGUCCUUCUUCAAGUCUUCCCUGGGGAAGGACACGCCCGCCCAGCUGGAGCUGUGCCAUCCCAGUGCUUCCUCUGAGUUCACCCACCCCCCCAUGUCCACGCAGAUGGUUUGACCCGCUGAUGUAUUGGACCUGAUUGGGGCCUUGUAAUAGCCUCUGAAGGGAGUAGCCACUCAGAAUAGAGCUGCUGCCCACAUGUCCCGGCCUGCCCAGUGGUCUGGUUCUAUGGCGGGGGGAGAGGUGUUGAGGUGUUGAGAUACAACAGCUGGACAAGCGGAGCAGCAACCUACACAUUCCUGCAAAUGUAGGCUGCAGCGUUCUUGUUUUAGAACAAGCUCUGAGAGGCUCAAAUUGGAAGACUCCGGAGGCCAGCAGCAGACAGACAGUUGGACUCGAACUCCAAGGAGAGUGGGGUUGCAUUACGGGUCAUGUUCUUAAAAGCACUACACGUUAUAUGUUCUUACAGCAUGGACUCCCAAACCAGAGACCACUACAAGGACAGCAACAUAGGAUUCACAACACUGAAGGGACUAAAUCAAAUAAGGACUGUAUUUUAUAUGAGUUGAUCAUGUUCCAGAGGCUUGCGUUGUUGGCGCCAUGCCCUUUUAGCAUACCCCGGGACUGCCAGGGAAGUUUCUUUGUAUUGAGAUGUUCCUUCCACUAUCAUAUGACAUCCUUGUGGUUUGGGGAAUUGCGUAUCAUGAAUAGAACAUUCAGAGACUUCAUCCAUGUGAUGCAAGCUGGAUUCACACACACUAUCCCUGCUCCCUGCAUCUAUGAUCUGUUCACCUUUCCUCCCACUGGGUGCUCACCUCGAAAAGCCAAAGGGCAAGAGCUCGAGAAUGACAUUUAUUUUUGACACCUUCUUUUGUCACAUGGUUGAGUGGCACUAUGAACUUGGUUGGUUAUUUGAAGUUGGGUUGCAUGCAAAAUGUAUGUGGUGAUGUUAUGCUGGAAUCGUAAGAAGAUAAAUGAGGUGCCCUCUGUAUUCUUGAGGUUUCUUUGUGAUGAAAUGACAGCCUGAGUAUUUAUUAUGAUGUGUGUUCAGAUCUCAUUGAUGUAUUAAUGCACUCGAAGCUGACAAGGAGCUUAUGAUGUUCAGUGUGCAGUUCUAAAUCUGUCGUUCCCGUGUGCACGUGUGUGUGUCAGUGUCAAAGAGAUGGCACCAAAAAUACAUGAUGUUAACAGGGAAUCCUACCAUGUACCUAUUAUACCUAUUGUUCAUGUAUUCGCGUUAAUCAGUACUGCGGAAGAUCCUGAUUGAGACUGACAGACGUGUAUUAAUGUGCCAGCGCGUGUGUGUGCGCCAGUGCGUGUGUGUACGUUUGUGCAUUUGUGUGUAUGCGUGUGUUAACACUUCUGUAAAUAAGCGCCUGACUCAUCCAUCCGUCAGCCUUUAUCCGCCCAACCCUUUCUGGAACCCCACCUCCUGUCAUAGGCCCACGUCAGGGAUGGCAUCCAGAUGUGUGUUUUAACAAAGUUAGACUCUUAACCACCCCUUUAAAAAGUUAUUACUCUUCCAUAAUCAAAACAAACUGAGGGAUCUGACGAGCUCCACCAAUAGAACUUGCACAAGCAAAUCAGAUGCUCAUGUGGCCUUUGGGAGACAACAUUAGAUUAACAACAUGCAGAGCCUUGAAUUGGAUCACUAGUCACGAAUACUAACGAAAUAAACAUAAUAAUGACAUCAUAAUUAUAUGGAGUUAAUUACAUUGCAGCUAGCUCCCUGGGAACAGGCAUACGAUUUUGAUUACAAAUGUAAUUAAUUUGGUUUAUUCUCUGGAUUGAUUAAUAAAGCCGAUUAGUCAUGUCAUUUGCAUGUCCUGGGUCGUGUUCAUUAGGCACAGAACAAAAGAUAAAUGGACCGAAACUGAAGAACUAGCUGAACUUUUCCAAUAAGAAAAGCUCAAUUUCUGUUUUAGCCAAGGUCUGUUAUGGUAAGGCGGCCUAAGGUCCCCUGCCUCGUGGUGGGAGAAUGUUGAAUGGAUUUAUAUUCUCAAGCUCCUGCAAAGGGGAAUGGGAGACCAGAGGCACAAACCUCCUCUUCCAGAGUGCCUUCAGAAAGUACUCACACCCCUUAACUUUUUCUACAUUUUGUUGUUACAAAGUGAGAAUUAUUUGUUUUCAAUUGUCCUUUUUGGUCAACGAUCUACACAAAAUACUUUGCACACCUGGAUUGUACAAUAUUUGCCCAUUAUUAUUAUAUCUUUUUAAUUCAAGCUGUGUCAAAUAGUUCGUUGAUCAUUGCUAGAAAGACAUUUUCAAGUCUUGCCAUAGAUUUUCAAGCUGAUUUAUGUCAAAACUGUAACUAGGCCACUCAGGAACAUUCAAUGUUGUCUUGGUCUUGUGUUUUAGGUUAUUGUCCUGCUGAAAGGUGAAUUAGUCUCCCAGUGUAUAAGACUGAAUCAGGUUUUCCUCUAGAAUUUAGCUUGUGCUGAGCUGUAUUCCGUUUAUUUGUAUCCUAAAAAACUCCCUAGUCCUUUCUCCGUUGACAAGCAUACCCAUAACAUGGUACUCAGUGAUGUGUUGGAUUUGCCCCAAACAUAAUGCCCUGUAUUCAGGAUAAAAAGUAAAUUUAUUUUUGCAUUGUUACUUAAGUGCCUUGUUGCAAACAUGACACAUGUUUUGGAAUAUUUGUAUUCUGUACAGGCUUAAUUCUUUCCACUCUGUAAUUUAGGUUAGUAUUGUGGAGUAACUACAAUGUUGUUGAUCCAGCCACAUUUUUCUCAUAUCACAACCAUUAAACUCUGUAAUUGUUUUUAAAAUACCCAUCGGCCUCAUGGUGAAAUCCCUGAGCAGUUUUUUUCCUCUCCGGCAACUGAGUUAGGAAGGAUGCUUUGUAGGGACUGGGUGUAUUGGUACACCAUUCAAAGCCUAAUUAAUAACUUCACCAUGCUCAAAGGGAUAUUCAGCUUUUUAUACACAUUGACCAACUAGUGCCCUUCUUUGCAAGGCACUAAAAAACCUCCCUGGUCUUUGUGGUUGAAUCUGUGUUUGAAAUGCAGUACUCGAUUCAGGGACCUUACAGAUAAUUGAUUGUGUGGGGUGCAGAGAUGGGGUAGUCAUUCAAAAAUCAUGUUAACCACUAUUGAACACAUGUAAUUUUUGUGAUUUAUUAUGCACAUUUUUACUCCUGAGCUUAGGCUUGCCAUAACAGAGGAGUUGAAUACUUAUUGACCCAAGACAUUACAGCUUUACAUGUUUUUUUAUUAAUCUACAAAAUGUUCUACAAACAAAAUUUCACUUAACUUUAUGGGGUAUCGUGUGUAGAUCAGUGACACAAAAUCUCAAUUUAAUCACAAAAAAGGGGGUGUGAAUACUUUCUGAAGGCACUGUAUGUAAUCAUUGGCUGAAGCCAUGGCAACCCACCACUAGCCCUGCAGCAGAUACACAAUUCAGAAGUGCUUAACAAAUGUGUGUCUUUGUGCUUCCUUUAUCAGAUAAGAUGAUUCACCUUGUCCGUUUUAAGAAAAUGUGUUAUUGAUACAGUUGCUGUUCAAAGUCAUUUCACAUUUCAAAAGGAACCCGUAAUAUUUUAGAGAGAGCAGCAUGCAUCAAUCUGCUGAACAUAUCUCUCUUUGCCUGCAUCCCAAAUAGCACCCUAUUCUCGACAUACUGCACUUUUAUUUAUAUAUAUACGGUAGGGUAUAGGGUGCCAUUUGGGACAUAACACACUGGGCACAAACUUCUUUCAAUGUAAUUUGUCAACAUAUUGUGAUGUGGAAACUACAUAGAUAGAAAAUCAUCAAACUGUUGUUUUGAGGGUGAAAUUUCAACCACAGGAUUAUGUUAUCAUAGUAAACAAAUUUGAAUUCAGUCACUCAUCGGAGAGGGAAAGAAACGUGUUUAUCACCAACUGCAAUGUGGUGUCUGUCAAUGUGGCACGCGUCGCCAAGAGCUGCCAUCGUCCCGGACGUGAUCAUUUGAUUCCCCUCGUUCAACCUGUCUGGUGUCAUUUGGGUUCGGGUGACUAGUACGUUCUGCACAUUUAGAAUGUACACGUGGUUGCCUUGACGGAAACCCAAUGUGAAAUAUUCCAGGCCUUGUACCUAUUUAUGCAGGCUAUGAUAAUUUCAAGAAAGGCAGCUCGAAAACAAAGUCAAAGUAUGUCCUUUUUUGCCUUGUUGCUUGCAGCUAGUACGGUUUGUGUCUCAAUGGCCGAUUUUUGUUUUUUAAAUGUGUCAAUAAAAUUAUUGAUGUUUUGGUUUUGUAACAUGACAUAAUAAAGCUGGUACCACUACAGAUGA